CAUUCCAGAACAUUUCACCCAAUGUCUUAAGGCAAACGCAGAAAAAAACACUAGUGUGAGAUACUAAAUAAAAUCAUGGGGUCUUCAAGGUUGCUGGUAUUGUUGAUUUCUAUGUUUGUGUUACUUUCGGUUUCAUCUUGUUCCUCAUCAUUCCACAUUCCAGAACAUUUCACCCAAUGUCUUAAGGCAAAUUCUCCGAAUCCAAUCCCAUUUUCCACCACAUUUUUCACCCCUGAGGAUGCUUCUUUCACUUCAGUUCUUGAAUCCACAGCUCAAAAUCUAAGGUACUUGCUGCCUUCAGUGCAAAAACCUGAAUUCAUAUUCACUCCGUUAGAGGAUUCUCAUGUUCAAGCUGCUGUUAUAUGUGCAAAAGAGCUCAAAAUCCAUGUGAGGCUACGUAGUGGAGGUCAUGACUAUGAAGGACUUUCUUAUGUUUCUCUCAUUGAGAAGCCUUUCAUGAUCAUAGAUCUCGCCAAGCUUCGUGCCAUCCACAUCGAUAUAGCACGAAACACAGCUUGGGUUCAAGCCGGCGCAACGCUCGGAGAACUUUACUACAGAAUUUCUGAGAAAAGCCCAAUCCAUGGCUUUCCUGCAGGCGUUUGCCCAAGUGUAGGAAUUGGUGGUCAUAUUACAGGAGGUGCAUAUGGCACUAUGACCAGAAAGUAUGGACUCGGCGCCGACAACGUCAUCGAUGCACGAAUCGUGGAUGCUAACGGCAAGAUUCUUGACAGAGCAGCCAUGGGAGAGGAUUUAUUUUGGGCUAUUAGAGGUGGAGGAGGUGGAAGCUUUGGGGUUAUUCUAUGGUGGCGAAUCAAGCUUGUUCAGGUCCCACCUAUAGUGACAGUUUUUACUGUUACCAAAACCUUAGAACAACAUGCAAACAGUAUUCUCUAUAAAUGGCAGCAAGUAGCACCAGACAUUGAUGAGAAUCUAUUGAUUAUGGUUCAAACGCGGGCAGCAAAUUCUAGUACUCCAGGCAAAAGAACUGUUUCAACUUCUUAUAUUGCUCUUUUCCUCGGAAGGGCAGAAAGGCUUCUCCAACUGAUGAAGAAUAAGUUUCCAGAGUUAGGUCUAACAAAACAGGAAUGUUUAGAAACAAGUUGGAUCAACUCUGUGCUUUACUUUGCUGGCUAUCCAAACACCACAUCCCGGAAAUUCUUCUCCGAAGGGACGUCCGAUUCGAAGGGUUACUUGAAGGCCAAGGCAGAGUUUAUGAGGCAAGAAGUUCCUGAAACUGCUUUUAAUUCCUUAUGGAAAACGUUUAUGGAGGAAGAUGAGCCCUUGAUGAUUUGGGUCCCAUAUGGAGGAAUUAUGAAUACAAUAUCAGAAUCCACAACUCCAUUUCCUCAUAGAAAUGGAACACUCUUCUUGUCCCAGUAUGUAGCUAGGUGGUUUGAAGAUGGAGAAGAGAUCAUGGAAAAGCAUAUGAAUUGGGUAAGGAGAUUCUAUGAUUCCAUGGCUCCUUAUGCUUCAAGCCUUCUAAGAGAAGCAUAUGUGAAUUAUAGAGACCUUGAUUUGGGGAUGAACCAGUUCAAUAGUACAAGCUUCUGGAGGGCAAGCACCUGGGGAUUCAAAUACUUUAAGGAUAAUUUUGUAAGGUUGGUGAAGGUGAAGUCUAAGGUUGAUCCAAGUAAUUUCUUUAGACAUGAGCAGAGCAUCCCUCCUUUUCCAAUUGGAAACUAAUUAACAAGGAUUGGACAAGAGAAAAAGUUUUAUGGUAAUUUGUGUCAUUUGUGUUUGUGCAUGCACAUGUUUCAGAUCCAAAUAAGCAUGCAAAAUAAAUUAUUGGUGUUCUAAAUUUACUAUGUUAUGUCAAGUAAUAAUUGUCAACCCAUGUAUAGUUAACUAUUUUGAUUAUGACAUAAUAAAAGGAUUUUUAUAUAUUA